GCACCUCACCAUUUUGGAUAUUUUACUUGAUAAACUAUAUUUAUUUGCACUAUUCUUUCUUCUAGGACUUUUUGUUAAUAUAAGAGUGCUCUUGAAUUUAUUGGAAUGAGUUGGUUCUGAAAGAAAUUCCUAGUAUUCCUUUCAAAGUUAUUGAUAUCUUCAACUUCAUGAGAUGGCUGAAGCUACCGCAAAGUGGAUGAAAUCAUCUGAGAAUAUCAAUGAUGACCAAACUGAUUUUGUGCAACUUGACAAUCAGUCUCUAAAAUCCCUACUUCCAUCUUGUCAACAUUCUACAGGUGCCCAACGGAAGCUGAAGUUUUUAACCAUUGCACUUGCCGUAUUGUAUAUUAUUGUCCUGGGCCUUCUUACGUUUGUUAUUCAACUAAAUGUUAGGACUCGUACAUGUGAUAUUGACACACAGAAGACAAACUGUGACAAGAGCCAAGAAGAAGGAAAUAAUGAGGAACUAGCCAUGUUCCAUGACUAUUCAAAUAUUUUGAAUCAAUUUGCACAAAAUCUAUCUGAUUUAAAAUAUGAAGUUUAUGUAAACUCUGAGAAUUUGCAGCAGUUAAGUGGAAAAAUAAAGGCAAUACUGAAAGAUAAGGAAGAUCAUGAACUGGAGCUACAAGAAACAGAAAAAAGUAUAAAAUACAUAAAUACAAGGUUGGACGACGUUCAGUCUAAAGUUGAAAAUAUAAAUUUAAUAUAUAUGGAGAAGUCUGAUAUGCCUCAGGAGGAACUUACACAAUUGAAGACAGGCUUCUACAAUACAUCAACAGAAAUUGCUAUCGUCAGAGAACAAUGUACUACUCUGGAAAAGGAAAUGAAAGAAGAAGUGGACACACUGAACAGAAUCACAAAUGACCUUAAGUUAAAAGAUUGGGAACAUUCAUUAACCUUGCAAAAUAUAACUUUUUUUCAAGGACCUCCUGGACCAAAGGGUGAUAAAGGAGAGAUAGGUAUGAGGGGAGAACCUGGUUUACAAGGACUUCAAGGAUUAAGAGGAUAUACUGGCCAUAAAGGGGACAGAGGAAGUAUUGGCCCACCUGGAGUAAGGGGACCGUCUGGAAUUUUAGGUCCCCAAGGGCCAAAGGGUGACAAAGGAGAAAGGGGAGCAUCAUCUGUGCCUACUACAACAGCCCCAGUAGUACGUUUGGUUGGGGGACAAUCUACUUUUCAAGGAAGAGUUGAGAUUUUCUACAAUGGAGAAUGGGGAACAAUUUGUGAUGAUCGCUGGGAUCUUCGAGAUGGGAAAGUUGUUUGCAAGAUGCUUGGUUAUGCCAAUGCAGUUCAAGUAUUUAGUGAUGCGUUCUAUGGCCAAGGUUCAAAUCGAAUAUGGAUGGAUGAGGUUUCAUGCACUGGUCUAGAAAGGUCAAUCACUCAGUGCACAUUUAAAGGCUGGGGAAUCACAGACUGCACACAUGCUGAAGAUGCUGGGGUUAAAUGUGGUUCAUAAAUAUAAUAAUAAUUACAUCAAUUGAAUAAUCUGAUACAGCAAAAAAAUGCUUUUUUCACUACAGCACAAUAUUCAGAUGCUACAUUAAAGAUGUUUAUUCUCAACUUUUCAAAAACAGGGCUGAUGUCUUGACUUGAUGCACUAGAGGAAUGUAUGGAAAGAAAUUAAAGGGGCAUUAAACCCAAAAAAUGUUUUUCAUUAUUCAUAGUAACAUAGUAGAUGAGGUUGAAUAAAGACCGAAGUCCAUCGAGUUCAACCUAUACAAAUCUAAAAUAUAUACAAAAAGCUCCAGAUAAGCUUAAAUAAUCCCACUAAAAGGUGACCCAUUUAAAACUAGCAAUCAUAUCCAUGAAUUUUGUUUAUAGACAGAAAUGUAUCCAAAUAUUUUUUAAAUGUAUCUAGGGUAUUGGCAUUCAUUACCUCCUUUGGUAAUGAGUUCCACACUUUUAUUGCUCUUACAGUGAAAAAACGUUUCAGUUGCAGGAGAUUAAAUCUCCUUUCCUCCAACCUUAAAUUGUGACCUCUGGUCACAAACAAUUUUCUUGGAAUAAACAGAGCUUCUGCCAUCUCUGUAUAUGGGCCUUGAAUAUAUUUAUAUAAAGUAAUCAUGUCACCUCUUAAAGGGACACUGAACCCAAUUUUUUUUUCUUUUGUAAUUCAGAAAGAGCAUGCAAUUUUAAGCAACUUUCUAAUUUACUCCUAUUAUCAAUUUUUCUUCGUUCUCUUGCUAUCAUUAUUUGAAAAAGAAGGCAUCUAAGCUUUUUUUUUGGUUUCAGUACUCUGGACAGCCCUUUUUUAUUGGUGGAUGAAUUUAUCCACCAAUCAGCAAGGACAACCCAGGUUGUUCACCAAAAAUGGGCCGGCAUCUAAACUUACAUUCUUGCAUUUCAAAUAAAGAUGCCAAGAGAAUUAAGA